CAUUUGAACGUGAAUUCUUGCCCAACAACCUGGAUCAUUCGGUUGCAUCAUUAAAUAGGCCAAUCAUAUUGGAAACAACAUAUAACUUGAUUUCUGCGCAUAUAAUCUGUGCAUUCAACUCCACGUUACAUUUAGUCAAGGAAACUGUUGAGAAAAUUUUAUUUGAAAAGAUCGAAAAGCUUCCUAAAAUGAGAAACAAUUUGAUUUUAGACAGAUCAAUAAUCUUAAAAUUGGAGACGAUUUUCCAGACAAGCCAUUCAGAAAUUAUUUCGAAAAUAAUAACCGAAACUGAGGUUGAAAAAAACGUGAAAACAAUGUUAGCUCGAGAUAUGUCCGAAAGGUCUUAUAUUAUUGAAUGCCUUUCGCCAAUAUUUCGUUCUUUUAGAAAUGCAUUUCCCGAAGUUAGAUACGAGUGGAUCGAGAAAGAUGUCAAAUCUUUAAAGGAAGCUGGCAAUAUGUUUGCAGUCAACGUAAGGGCUCGGAAAACUGAUCUGUUGGUUAUGAGGCUGUCUGAUGGCAAGGAAAUUUUACAUAUCGAAGUGUCUGGGCCACCUUACAAACCAGAAAAUAAACAUACAGUUGGAGACGCAAAAAAAUUACUCGUGAUGGCCGUUUGUAAUUUAUGCAGAAUACUAGCAAAUAAUUUCUAUUGCUCGAUUGAUAAUGCCAAAAAAGUUAAAUCAUAUAGUAUUCAGGCAAUUGGGGAUCGAUUAACAUUAUUUUCUGUAUCACUUGUUGACAAGAAAAAAUAUUUGACUAUCGAAUUGGCCUCGUGCAUGAUUCCCUUUUUGAUUAGAACCAUUGGAUACUACAAACAAGUCUUUAAUUUUUUCAAGAUCAUAAGGAAUGAGUUUAUCGAACAAGAAGAACUUCUAGAAAAAAUUAGUUAUUUUAUGCCCUCAGCUAAUGAUGAUGCCAAUAACCUACAAGAUCAAACAGAAAAUGCCAAGCUCAAGAAUGAAAUUGCAAAAUUAAAACGAGCUGUUAAGAAUAUUGAAAAGCAAAAUCGAACAAUUAAAGAUUCUUCAACUCACCACGAAGCGGAUCAAUCCAUGACUAGCACUGACUUAGUAACUUCAGAACAGGUAGUUAACACAAUUUCCAAUACAUCUAACCUUAGUGAAACUUGCUCCGGAAAAUCCAAAUCAUUAGAAGAUAAAGAAAUUGAUGAUCAAGACCUAUCUUUAGUUAAUCAGGAUGCUUCAACGGGAUCUGAAAAGACAAUAAACUUAGCAUUAUGUGAUGCAAAAACCGUGACAAAAUAUCAUGAUCUUAACAAUUCUGAUACUACCUCCGAAAUACUUGAAUCAGACAAUCAAAUCAUAAAAGGUUUAACACAAGAGAUGACCUAUGAUCAAGUAGAAAAUAUUGUUUCUUCCGAAAUCAAUCCUUUAUAUUCAAAUAAUGAUGAGGUAAAUGUUACUGAAAUCACUAAACCUUGUAUACAGGAUAUGGCUCCGGAUUCUGCGCAAAGUUUAUCAGACUUAUUUGAUAAAGCAAUUAAAUUGGAUCAAAAACAAAUUUUAAAUUGGAAAUGA